AUGUCUGAGGCAAGAGAUUAUGAAUUUGCUGAUUUAUUAGUAGAUGCAGAAACUCCUCUCUUCCCUGGUUGUACAACUUACACGAAGUUGUCAGCAAUCGUUACAUUAUACAAUUUCAAGUCUACAAAUGGUCACACUGACAAUAGUUUCAAUGAGCUCCUUAAGAUCUUAGGUGACAUGCUUCCAGAAAAAAACACACUUCCAAAGGAUGUUUACUCAAUGAGAAAGUUGUUAAAACCAUUUGAUUUAGGAUAUGAGAAGAUUCAUGCAUGCCCAAAUGACUGUUGUCUAUUUAGAAAGGAGCUUAAAGAUUUGGACUCAUGUCCAAAGUGUGGUUCUUCAAGAUGGAAGGUAGACAAAGUCACCACCAAAGUUUGUAAAGGAGUUCCUGAAAAGGUGCUACGGUAUUUUCCUGUGAUACCAAGAUUGAAAAGGAUGUUUAAAUCAGAACAAAAGGCUGAAGACUUGAUUUGGCAUUCCAACCAUAAAAGUCAUGAUCAUAUGAUGCGUCAUCCAGUUGAUUCAAUAGCUUGGGAUACGAUAAAUCAUAAGUGGCCAGCUUUUGCAUCAGAUCCUAGAAAUCUCCGGCUUGGUCUUGCAACAGAUGGAUUCAACCCUUUUGGUGAUCUUAGUUCUAGAUAUAGUUGUUGGCCAGUUAUUUUAGUAAAUUACAACCUUCCUCCGUUGAUGUGCAUGGCGAAGGAAAAUCUUAUGUUGACAUUAUUGAUUCCAGGCCCGAAGCAACCAGGAAAUGAUAUAGAUGUAUACUUGGAACCCCUAGUGGAGGAUUUGAAGGAGUUAUGGGACAUUGGUGUGGAGACGUAUGAUGCAUUUAGCAAGUCAGUGUUCAAUAUGAAAGCUAUUUUGAUGUGGACAAUCAAUGAUUUUCCAGCUUAUGGAAACUUAGCUGGAUGUGCCACAAAAGGGAAACUUGGUUGUCCAAUAUGUGGUGAAGGCAUAUCUUCUAUGUGGCUUAAGUAUAGUAGAAAGUUUGCAUAUUUAGGGCAUAGGAGAUUUCUUGCUCCUAAUCAUCCAUUCCGUCAGAAGAAGAAGUGGUUUGAUGGGAAUAAAGAGACAAAAGGAAAACCUAGGCCUCUGAAUGGAUUAGAAAUUCUUAAUGUAUUGAAAGACAUUGAAAAUGACUGGGGUAAAAAGAAAAUGGGUAAAGAUAUCAAUAAUACAAAGAAAAAGAGGAAGGAGCGUGAUGGUUCAAAAAAAGUUCAAAAACCAGUUCAAAUGUGGAAGAAGAAGUCAAUAUUUUUCAAUUUGCCAUACUGGAGUGGGCUCCUGCUACGUCAUAACUUAGAUGUUAUGCAUGUUGAAAAGAAUGUUUGCGAGAAUAUCAUAGGUACAAUGUUAAACUUAAAGAAAAAAUCAAAAGAUGGUGUUAACGCUCGCAAAGAUUUGAGGUUGAAGAAAAUAAAGUUACCUGAUGGUUAUAGCUCAAAUAUUGGUAACUGUGUUUCUUUAGAAGAACGAAAGCUUAUUGGGUUGAAAUCUCAUGAUUGUCAUGUUCUUAUGCAACAAUUGCUUUCAGUAGCAUUGAGAAGUCUUUUACCAAAAGGUCCACGUAAUGCUAUAUUUUUGCUUUGUGCAUUUUACAAUGAGUUAUGUCAAAGAGUGUUAGAUAGGAACCGUCUAGAACAACUCGAAGAGAAUAUUGCUGAAACUUUAUGCAUGUUGGAGAGGUACUUUCCACCAGCUUUCUUUACCAUCUCUGUUCAUUUGACAAUUCAUUUAGCAAGAGAGGCUCGCCUGUGUGGGCCAGUUCAAUUCCCCUGGAUGUAUCCAUUUGAAAGAUUUAUGAAAAUGCUUAAAGGCUAUGUGAAGAACCGAGCAAGGCCAGAGGGUUGCAUAGCUGAGUGUUACCUUGCAGAAGAACGAAUGCGAUUUUGUAGUGCUUAUAUAAAAAAAGCUGCUUGUAUUGGUCUCCGAUCUAAUCGGAAUGACGAUUUGGAAAAUGGAGUAGUGGAAGGUCGCCCCAUUUCUCAAGGAAAAGAAAUUAUUUUAGAAGAACAUUUGUUACAAGCAGCACAUCGAUAUGUGUUGUUCAAUACUGCAGAAAUUGAUCCUUACAUACAGAUGCACAUUGAGGAGCUUAAACAAACAGAUCGUCGUUUCUCAAGUAAUGAAACACUGUUACAAAAACGACAUAUGGAAACAUUUGCUCAAUGGUUAUCAAAACAUGUUCUUGAUAACUCUUCAGAUCGGAUUCAAUGGCUAGCACAUGGUCCAAGAAAGCAUGUUAUAUCAUAUACAGGUUAUAUUAUAAAUGGACAUCGGUUCCACACAAUUGAUGUUGGAAGGUCGACACAAGAUACUGGUGUUUCAGUUGAAGCUGAUACUAUUUGGCAAUCUAGUUCUACUGAUUCACAUACAGUAGGAAGACAAUCGUACUAUGGGGUUAUACGAGAUAUUGUGUUACUAGACUAUUAUUUUUUCAAAGUACCUGUUUUUAGGUGUGAUUGGGCUAAUCCUGGAACUGGUAUCAAAAUGGAUGAUGGUUUUACACUUGUCAACUUACACCAAGGACUAAGGACUUUUGAAAAUGAUCCUUUCAUUUUAGCAUCACAAGCAAAGCAAGUUUUCUAUUCUAGGGAAAAUGAUGAAUCAAAUUGGUAUGUGUUGCUAAAAGCACCACCUCGAGGUAUUCAUAACAUGGAUUUGCUUGAAGAGGAUGCAUAUACAUCAUCAAAACCUCUUGAUGUGUCUAGACUUGAGAUUAACAUUACUGAGAAAGAACCAUAUUCCAGAAAUGAGUGUGAGGGAAUUGAUGUUAUUGAUAUCCCAUGA